AUGGCAACCAUUCCACCUCCGCCCGCGAGCCUUACACUGGCAGACCUGCCUCUCGAACAACUCAGCCUUUACCAUGUCGUCGACUCGUGUUUAGCAUCGAUCUUCGUGUUCUAUGGUGCUGUCUCCACAGCCAACGCCACUGUGAGCAGCUCACGCAUCCAGGCUCAUAUAUUCACACCAGCCGGGUUUCACAGUUAUCCUCGAAUUACGGUCUCUCCGGCUGCCCCUGUGUAUGCAGCAGUCAAUCAUCUGCCCCGCGAAAAACAAGGCGAUGAGGUGUGUCGCGGACUUGCAGUAAGCAUGCUGAGGUACUUUGCCGAGUUGUCUGACCCGGUCAAGCACCGCCUGACGGGGGUGGCUCGUAUUGGGAAACCGGGAGGAAGGACCCCCAAGAUGUUCGAUGAAAUGCAUGCUGCGGAUCUCGCCAAUCGUAUGGUAAAGGUGGAUGACUCGUCGGAAAUCAUUCAUGACAUUCGGAGCGCAUACCAAGAGCGUAAGGUGCCGUGGAUUGACAUCGAUGUGGUGCUUCCUGCCGGCACUAUACAACCAUUCCAUCGACGGGAGAGUGCGGGAUCAGACCUUGAGGAAAGCCAGAGCCCCCAGUACGGACCUUAUACACCUCUAAUAGAGGCUUUGGGAGAUCCUAUGUUUUUGCCAACAUCUCGACUGAAACGUGCGCCUUCUCAGCCUACCAAUGUCAGCAAAUCUCGACUGUUUGCAAGAAGUCAAAAAGAAGCCCUUCGUCUCACCAUGUGUGAACUGGUCGACACUGAGGAGAGGUAUGUCGCUAAAUUAUAUUCCCUUGUUCAUGAAGUGGCCGAAGAAUUCCGACAAAACGCUAUGGGCAGAGGGCCAUCAAGUAACAGCCCCGACGAGGCGGCCUUGGCGGCACUAUUCCCACCAUGUUUGAAUGAAAUUCUGGAAGUCAAUCUAGGGUUUCUCGAUGACAUGCGACAUGUGCUCGAUGAGACAGAGAAAGAUGCCAUCACAGAUAUUGGUCAGGACACAGAACUCCCUGCAAACCAUCGAGGGUUGCCCAGAGAUCGAGCGGAUCCGCUUGGAGCUCUGGCAUUCGCAAAAGCUCUCUUCCAGUGGCUACCGCAAUUUUCUCAGCCAUAUGGAGAUUACAUGCGAGCACACACAGGUUUUGCACAGACCCUGAAUUUUUUCAUGCGAGAUAAGAAUUCCAGCUUCUCGAAGCGAGUAUAUGAGACCGGCGAACAAAAACUGCGCUCUUUGCUGAUGGAACCUGUUCAGCGACUCCCUCGAUACAGUCUGCUGAUCGAUACCAUGACUAGCAACCUGCCAUUGGUUCAUCCCGCGGUGAGAACUUUGUUGAAAGCCCGAGAUAUUGUGAAGGACAUCUGUGCUCUAGAAAACAAUUCACCAUCGAGCCACGUUCAAAGCCUGCGACGCCUGGAGGAGCUUGUCAAUGGAUGGCCAGCGAAGACAUUCCCCGAAGGUCGGCUGAUUACAGCAGUCGAUUUUAACGAGAUUACGUCUCCUUACCGCCUGGAGCCACAGUCAUCUGCCUACACUACAGGGAUCAUGUUGAUUUACAAGAACUGCCUGGUUCUAUUAACAAAGUCCGCUGAAAGCCGGGCCACGGCCCGGGGUGUGCUGGCUGAUAUCGACAACGCAGCAUCAUCAACCAGCGAUAUGUCCACGGUACUGCCACAAUCAGAGCUGCAAGUUGUGCAGGUAUUGGAGUUCCAUCGUGUGCGUUGUAUGCAAUCUACAUGUGGCCGGAUUUUGUUCGUUGUUCCAGUUUCAGCCAAGGCCACGACAUCUGAGACUAGCGGCGGAACGGACCUUAUUGCCUUGGAAUUAGCUACGACUUACGAAGGAAAAGCCAGCCGGUUGGUUGAAGAGAUCUCUAAAGCAAGGAUUGAAGGCCGAUUCCCGGAGAGUGAGAGAGAAGGAGGCAAAUGGACUUUGCGAAGUCCUUCCACUGGUUCUGCAAGUAACGUGGGAAUACUGGCCUGUGUAUGUGAGGACGGGCAAAGCGCUGCGCUCGACCAGGCUCAGGCAUCCCCGAUACGAGUCGUUUUCGAUACCACGAAAGCGACUUGCGGUCAGAUGUUGAAAAGUUCCAAUCUCGAUGUUAUCAUAUCGAUCUCUCCUCCCAACGGAGAUCAAUACCGAUUGGAUAUUGAUUCCGUGGUUGGAUCUGGAUCUACAGACUUGAUCACAGUGGAAACUUUCAUUCCAACACUUUCAAGACGUCUUCAAUAUCUGCUAUCACCGCUAUACAGUGCCCGAAACCCGGCACUGACUGAACCGCUGGUUCACUCCAAUUUCGAGAUCCUUCGGUAUAUUGCCAGCAGCCUGAUGACACAGGUAAAGUCCUCACGAGGGUUCCGGGCACCCUCACCGACUAAAUUGAUCUCAAAUCUGUUGGGAGGAAGUCGUGACAACGGCACCAACUCCAAAGGACCAGGAUCGACCACUCUCACCGGCGAAUUCCCAAAAAUGCUCCCGGUAAGAGGCACAUUGUCAAGAUCGAACACUUUACCUUCGUCAUUCCCAGGAAAAGACAAAGAAAGAGACAAGGACAAGGAUAAAGAUAAGGAGAAGGAGAAAGAGGAAAGCGCAAAUAAAAUUUCAGUCGUUGGAGCUUCGGCAUCAAAAGGAUCGGAUACUCAGUUUGGAUUGCUGGAACAAACCUUUGCGGCAUAUGUGCUCUCUCUGCAGUCUCGGAGUGGAAACAUCCUGGGCCGAAUGCUUCGAGUUAGGGACUAUGUUGACCGAGCGCCGGUCAAUGAGCUCUACAACAUUUUGCUCGAAGACCCCAGCAAAAUUCAAGCGGCGGCUGAAGUGCCAGUUGAUACUCUGUUUGUCGCAUUUGAAACUUUUUUGGCCAAUGCUUGGAGAAGCAGCAUGGGUCCCGUCUUCAGCUCCUCUUCUCUGAAGUGGGUUCAAAGCCAGUUUGAUACCAUGAUUCCACGAGAUUUUGAUGAGCAGUUCAGGAAGUUUCUCACAGAAAUGAGCCCACAGAAUAGACGAGCUUUAGCUGCGAUCAUCCGUCUACUUGCAGAACUACUUGACGCAUCUGGAAAUGACGGAGAUCGCGGUGCUUUGACAAUGGCGUUUGCCGAGGUACUCACAGAAGACGGAGAUCCCAGCCACCACGUCUCUCUUUUGGAUCGACUCGUUGAGGACUUCGAUACCCUCUUUGAAGAUUUCAUCCCGGGCGGCACCUCAGUGGAAGGCACGCUGACCUGUGAUACAUCGAAGUCCCAUGCCAAUACUGGAUCAGUCGGUUCCAAUUCUUCCUCUUUCCGGAAGCGCUUUGGAUUUGGUAUGCACACAAAUGCCAAAAAUGAAGGGGAAAGUAAAGUCGCAGCGAUCCUACGGACAUUGAGCAAGAAACAGGCCGCGACCGGGUCAGAGCCGAACACACCCAAAGGCACUUUGAUUCGUUCAAAGUCGACUGAUGUGGACGCCCGCCUAGGAUUCUUUCGUCCUGCAUCCCGUGAUCGCCCUAUAUCUCGUGAUCGCCCUGCCUCUCGCGAUCGUCAGUACGGAUUCGCAUCCGAGGAGCAAAUAUCGAGGCCAGGCACUGGCUAUGAGCAGCCGCCUUCUUUGUCCUCUUUCAAAGGAUUCUCUGAAGAUGCCGUACCAAGGACUCGUAGAAAACGCAGAAGUUCCCUUUCUGAUUUACGGCCACCCACAUCAUCCUCGGAUGCAUCUAGUAUCUCUCCCACUCAGCAGCUUCGUCCCACGACUCCCUCUACCCGCCCUCGAGGAGAGGUGGUCACACCCACCAAGCAAUCCAGACCCCAUAGCAGUUACAUAUCAACAUCGCCUAUGCGUGGUCAAUCACCAACUCGUGGUAAAUCUCCAAUGCGUUCCAAGUCACCGGCAAAGUCUGGUUCUCCCACGCGGCUAGGGUCACCAAUCCGCCGUCUAUCCCCAUCCCGUCCUACUACACCGAGUAGAAAAGAGAACAUUGAUCCUAGGACCCCCACACAGAGCGUACGACCAAGUCUCGGGGAGAUGUAUCAGACCUGCCAUGCGAUGAACCAAGGAGGCGAUCUCACGCAUCAGGCAUUCCCCAACGAACCCCAGGCCUUCGAGAAAGGUCAGCCACCAAUGGUUCUGAUGCCAAGCGGCCGCAAUCUUCCUCUUCCUCGCAAAGACCACAGAGAACGCGAAUGCAAAUUACGUGAUCGUGUUCAACUGGAAAAGAAAACCCAAAAGUCCACCGAAUUGAGCCUGAAAGAUGAACUUUCGGCGAUUGGUAACGAAUUGCGCUCCUUGAAGCUCACACCACCAAGACAAUCCAACCCAAUGAAUCUCGAGUUUGACUUUGACCGCGCAGACACCAGCCCAACUUCUGCCAUCGCCGCAUCUCUUGAGACUCGCAUGCGCAAUCUUGAAGCGCGAUUUGAAACAUUCGCCGGGGAGUACAAUGGCCGCAUAUCCGCCCUUGAAAGAGACUUAGAGUCAUCCUUGGUUCUCAGCGACAAGCGUGUCAAGAAGUUGGACGAACUCUACCGCGAGGCUAGUGCCGAAAACGAAGCUCUCUAUGACCGAUUCAAUACGGAGCUUAGCAAGAUCGCGAAAGAUGUUCGAUCUGGACAUGCAGAAGACGCUUUGAAGUCUCAGCUCGCGAGUGCUCUAGACGAGAUUGGCCGGGUGAAGAAAGAAAACUUCCGCUUGAAGCGAGAAGUCGGAGGCCUCCGAGCCCAGUCAGCGGCCGUUGCACUGCUCAAAGCGAGCGACCAAUGA